AUGUAAAUAUAUUGUUGUGUUGGGAAAAUAUGAGUUCGAAAUGAGUGCAGAUGAUCACAUGGAAUUUGUGCUUGAUGAGCAGUUGUUGGCUAAUAUGAAGAGCAGCGACAAUGAGGGUGACGACGAGAAAAUGGAGGAAGACUAUUUGGUACCGACGUCGCCAGAGGAUUAUAAAGAGUGCACAUUGGCUGGAGAAGAUGCUGACCCUUUACAGGAACAGGCCGCGUUCUCGUCGGACUUCGAGUGGUUGUUUAAAGAUAGCGAUCUCUUAGUCGGUGAGGAACAGCUUGCAGAUAUAGUUCUGCGAUCCGAGGGACGAGUUCUGGCCAAAGCACGUAAACGCGGACGUCCUUCGUCUGGCAGCUACAUUUCCAGUAAUGGCUAUACCUGGAGCGCUGAGCUGAAUGCAACCAGCCAGGAGGAGUUGCCACUGCCUGUGCACCAGGCUUGUGGCAAAGGUCCGGCCAGGACGGUCUCAAACGCCGUCGAAUCUUGGAUGCUGCUAUUCGAUGACGAUAUGUUACGGCAACUUUUGCGCUUUGUUAACGAUCAGAUCCGUAAACGUCGCACCAGAGGAGUAUCACAGCGGCCUACGGAUCUAACAGAGCUACGGUCCUGGCUGGGAUUAAACUAUCUGUGUGGCGUAUUUCGCAAUGCUCAGUACAAUGGACCCCUGGAGGAGCUCUGGACUUUAGAACUAGGCAACGCCAUAUUCCGAGCGACUAUGACGCUCACACGCUUUGAGUUCAUUACCGAUUGCCUGUGCACGGAGCAAGGUUGGGACGAGGUGCAGCGCAUUUGGCAAAAGCUGCUGAUCAAUUCACGUUCAUAUUACGGCUCCAGCAGUUGGGUUUGCGUGGAUGAACAGCCUUCGAAUUUGGAUAAUAUGCGAUUGGUGCUUUGCUGCGAUUCUAAGACAUUGUUCAUGGCUAAUGCAGUGCUCCUGAGGCAGAAGGUGUCCCACGACAAGGAUCUCGACCAGGUAAUAUGCGACUUCAAAACCACAGGUCGCAAUGUGACGUUAGGCCCACGCUUUACAAAGCUGCAGAAUUGCCAGCAGCUACUGCAGCGUCAGCUGAGUUCCAUAGGCAUGUUGCCCAUCACAUCAGCGGAUUGUCCCAAAAACUGGCCAGAAAAUGCUGAGGGAUGUUUGUAUUAUGACAACGUUAAAAUACACAAGCAGCAAGGCUCUAAUCAUUUGCUCACCUGCGGCCUCAGCGCACAGGUUAACGCGUCCAGCUUGCACGCUUUGACGGCUCAGACUUGUGCACAGUUCCAUGACUUAGCCCAAAGAUACAGUACCGUGCUGGCCACGAGACCGUCGCAAGUAAAGCAGCCUACAUUCCUCAAAUUCCUGCAUCAUAUGCUCAAUACGGCCGCACUCAAUGCGUGGGUGCUGCUCCGUCUUUCGCCCAAGGGAGAAGCUUUAAUCGAGCAGCGCGACUUCCAGCGGCAACUGGGCUUGUUUCUGACGCAACAGCGACUGCAGCGACGUCUGUUGCGUCGAUCCACCACCACACUGGUGAUGAAGCUGCAAAUUUGCGAGAUUCUCGGGCAAUCCAGUCAGCGACUGUUGAGUGAGGCGGCCAGUGAUGCCAAACAGACGCAGGGUAUCGGUGUACUCAACUUAGAUAAGGCCGUGCUCCCGGAUGGGGUUACGCUAAGCAGUCGUUAUGGGGAGAAGCAUAGAAGAUGCAAGCCUUGUGCUCGCUCUAAGCGGGAGACGAAGGCACGUUCGCGCUGCCAACAGUGUCUGGCGCAUCGUUGUGGGAAUCAUUUAAUCUCACGCUGCUACGAAUGUAUGGGUAUUGCGUCCUCACAACUGCCAGAAGGCAAUCUAAAUGAAGGGACGACUGGAACUUGAUUUUGGACAUUAAAUAACACAUUUAUUGAAUCAACGCUACAUUUGGCUUCUCAAUCAACAUCUUUUAGGUGAAUCAUAUGAAAGGAGGUGCUAGGGAUAAUUAGCUUAUUGCUCUAGAACGAACAUGAUGUGGGGCGUGGCGCCACGCUUUGGUGCUCACAC